UGUCGCGAGCGCUCGGUGGUUUUCCGUCUUUGUCGUCGGUGAAUGAAACAGGCAGCUCCGUCACACCGGAGCGGGACGAGGACAAGAGGGAGGAGGACGAGAGGGAGGAAGAAGAGGAGAGGGAGGAAGAAGAGAGGGAGGAGGAGAGGGAGGAGAGGGAGGAGCAGGCGGUGUCGACGGAGCACCCGACACAACGAGCGCCGCGCACCUGUUUCGCCGCUGGAUGAUACUUCCCUUCCAGCCGAGGCCAGAGGAGGAAGCGUCGCCUGUUGUUCCGCUGGAUGCUUUUAUCCGCAGUGCCGCAGCUGAGCAGCAUGUCGCGGCAGCAGCAGCCGCCGCAGCACCGGACGUCGUUGAAGCUCACGGACGGCGUGGUGGAGGUCAAGAGCAAAUUCGAGGCAGAGUACCGUCGCUUCGCUCUAAAGAGAAACGGCCCAGGUGGCUUCCUGGAUUUCUUACGCCUCCUUCGGACCAUCCAUCUCAUCCCUGGUGUUGACGUGCUCCUGGGAUAUGCCGAUGUCCACGGAGACCUCCUUCCAAUCAACAAUGACGACAACUUCCACAAAGCUGUCUCAUCAGCCAAUCCGCUGCUCCGCAUUAUCAUAACCAAGAAAGAGGAUGAACCCGUCGUAUUUGCCACCAACUCCCUCCAGAGGCGUAAAAAGGGGCUGGGCUUAACUGGACUGCGCACCACCAGCUCAGGCUCCACCCACUCAAAGAACAAACCAGGCCUUAUGAUUGGCCGACCACAGAACUUCAGACAGAUCUCCUCCAUCAUCGACGUGGACAUCUUACCUGAGACUCACCGACGUGUACGACUUCACAAGCACGGCACCAACAAACCACUGGGCUUCUACAUCCGUGAUGGGGUGAGCGUGCGGGUGACGCCACAGGGCGUAGAGAAGGUUCCAGGCGUGUUCAUAUCUCGUCUGGUACGUGGUGGGCUUGCAGAGAGUACAGGGCUGCUGGGAGUUAAUGAUGAGAUUCUGGAGGUGAAUGGGAUCGAUGUAGCAGGAAAAUCUCUGGAUCAGGUUACAGACAUGAUGGUGGCCAACAGUCACAAUCUCAUUGUGACAGUGAAACCAGCUAACCAGAGGAACAAUGUGGCGCAUCGAGGGAGUAAAACCUCAAUGGAGAACUUUGGUUCUGUAGGCUCAGCUGGAUCUACCGGCUCCGCAUUGUCACAUGACUCACCGAGCCCUGCGUCUCAGAGCAACCCCAUCACUGCAAGCAACAGCAUUGCAGAGGGUGACAGUGAUGAUGAAGAUGAUGAUGGUGACCUCAUCCUGGAGAGUGACUGUCUGACCCCCUACGACCCCCAUCGGGUAAACAACAGUAACAACACUAACCUCAACAGAGACUCUGGGGUGAGGCCCCUACCACAGAGCAUCUCGUUGCCCAAUAGCGUUGGAGCAUCUUUUAGUGACAGCUCGAUGAUGAUGUCCAGUCACAACGAGAACACGGCCAGCAGCAGCCCGGAGAGCAUGAGAGAGGAUGGCAACACAAUAACACUGUAAUCACAGUGAGGACUAUGGGAUGUUACAAUCACAGAGUUGUGUAUCCAUGGCAACAACAGAUCAGCCAGAUGUCAGACUUUCUUCUUGUUCUUGUUGUUACAGUGUCGCGCUGACAAAGUCAUCAGAACACUCUGUGGUUCUGUAAGAAAAACAUAACUACAUUUAUAUUGACUCCAGGGAAAUGAUCUAAAUGCCAUAAUGUAUUAACUGGUCCAUAUAGACUAUAGGCAGAGAGCAGUAAUAUUGAGACUGUAAUUAGAAAUGCCACCUCCUGUAAAAGCCAUAACUACGUUUGAUGGAAAUCAUCCAAGUUAUGCUGCCGUCAGGUGGAGUUCUUGUGGGAAAGUCAUGUCCUCAGUCAGGUGUUUAAAUACAAAGAUGAUCAAAAUGAUCCCCACCAUAAAAUUACAAUAUAUUAAUUUAUCUUCCAACAACAUGAUGAUCUCCGCUAUUUCUGACAAGAUUAGAAAACACAACAACACAGAUUGAUUAUUAUAGAUUCUUCUUGUGAACAACUGGGGCCCUUUGGAAGUGUCAUGAGUCAGAGAGCGGACAGCUGAUGUGAGACAAAGGGUUUGAUCAGAUGACAGUGUGAAGACCCGCACAUUCACUUUUGCAGAUGAGGCAGUGUGAAGAGAUUUGGUGUCACAAAGCAAAAUCAAAUCAAUUUGAACUCUCUCCGAGUUGCAUCAUAACCAGUAGAUUUGUUGCAAAGGGAGAGUUUCAAGUGAUUAUAGCCAGUCAGUGACCAGUUCGUCAGACGUUCACUUCCACCAACCCUUUUACACUUUGCACUGCUUCAUCUGCACGAGGCUCGACUGCAGACGACCUGCUCCGUCUGAGAGUCUUUGUGUUUUCAACUUGAAAAUGAAAAAGGUCUGUGACUCACACGACACCAAAGAGCAGAACCAGUGAAAAGGUAUACUAUAGAGAUUCAGUUAUAUUUGCAAUUCUUACCAUUCUUUUAAAAUAUCUUGUAAUUAUUCUUUUAUUUUUGUUACAAAAUCAUUUGUUAUUGAAAAUGUCGAUGAUUCAUCUCAUGGGUUUUAGUAAAGGUUCAAAAUGUUCUACUGUAUAUUUUUCUGAUGGAUCAUUUGGUUACACAACACAUACAGAGGGUGGUCAAGAGUGAGUGAGUGAGUGAGUGAGUGAGUGAGUGAGUGAGUGAGUGAGUGAGUGAGUGAGUGAGUGAGUGAGUGAGUGAGUGAGUGAGUGAGUGAGUGAGUGAGUGAGUGAGUGAGUGAGUGAGUGAGUGUGUGUGUGUGUGUGUGUGUGUGUGUGUGUGUGUGUGUGUGUGUGUGUGUGUGUGUGUGUGUGUGUGUGUGUGUGUGUGUGUGUGUCCAGUAAAUGGUAGAUUGACUAUUUAUAAACCACUUAUCGACCACCCAAAGCUUUUUACAGUACAAGUCACAUUCUAUCACAUUCAUACACUGUCAGGGGCGAUUGGGGGCUGAGUGCCUUGCCCAAGGACACUUGUGUGUGUGUGUGUGUGUGUGUGUGUUAAGAGAGCAAGGGGCUGUAGGGACACUGUGUUGGACACCACACACUGCACUCUGUCUUUUCUCACAUUCUGCAUCAAAUGAUACCAAAACCGUUUUGCACUGCAGUUGUGCCAUAAAACAGACUUUAUUCUUCUGUGGACUGUUUGUUCCUGGUGCCGAACAUGACACAGAUCACACUGAACGUGAGGCCUGGCCAUUACAUUCAAGCAAAAGACUUGACUGUUCCCACUUUAAAAGUGUUUUAGUAACAUGCAUUGUUCGUCUGCACAAACCAAACUGGACCACUGCUCCGUCAGAGGUCAGAAGGUGGACAGCUGAGAACUUGUGAGAGUCAUGUCCAGUGUCCAACAGCUUCUAUAGGACACGUGUCUGUAGGGAUAGUGAACACAGUCACAGUGACACUGAAUAAUAACCACAUCAAAGGUCGGGCAUUGUCUUCUCUCCCGGAGCAGACAAAUGAUUUAAUGAUUUCCAGUCUGACAGUGUCAAUAUGCGUGUGUGUACAGUACAGUCUCUUUUCAAAUCAAAAGUCAAACGUAGAGCCUGACUGAUUUGGAUUUUUGGGGGCCAAUGCCGAUAGUGAUAUUUAGGGAUAUAAAUGUAUAUAACAUAGAAAGUUGCCAAUGAUUCCUAAGAUGUUGUUAUCAAACCCUUGUAAUUGAGGCCUGAUAUUUGACAGUUUAACAAUACAAGUUAUUCUUAAUGUAAGUAUGAAUACAAAAGAAAACACAAAUACAACUAAAUAUACCAGAGUUAGGAAAAUGAACAGUGAACGCAUUUCUGCAUUUUCUGCAUUGUUCAUCCUGUAGAAUAAAGGUUUUUAUAUCUGCGUGUAUUGGCAACUAACAACAGAGCUGCCGUGGAGCUUAAUACAACUGAGGCUGUCUGCUUGACCAGAAUAUAUUUUGUAAAAGUACGAUGUCAACAGUUGCUUAGUAACACACACAUGCGUAACAUAAAGCUUUUUAUUUUAUUUUUGUUGGUGUAAAAUGUAAUUGUAUGAUUAUGAAACAAGGGAGAAGAUUUUAUUUAAGAGCAGAUUUUUUAAAAUGUAAAAUAUAAAGAGUAUUUUUCUUAUUCUUGUACUUUUGACUUGUACAUUAGAAGAGACGGGGACCGAGGCGAACACUGUGUGGUAGGUAAGUGUUUGAACACGCAUGUCAAAAUGAAGGAGGUCUUUUUCUGUGACCCAUGUUGCCAAGUUUUUGCCAACUUCUGAAUGAUGGUCCUCAAACUGUCGUUCCCUGGUUCACAUGUUAUCAUCGUUAUCAUGCAUGUGUUCUUCCUUCAUGAGGCUAACGUCCUUUGUCCCUAGCAACAGGCACAGUGUUUGGAACACUGGAGACAAACAUGCAUGUAUGAUUGGAUGAAGCCCCAGUGUGUUGUGAUUUGAUUCAUUGAGGGUUUGUUUGGGAAUAUGCACUAAUAAUAUACAAUAUCAAGUGAAAUGAAAAGGCCCCGGUGUAAGAAUUUAGUUUGACAUAUUAAUAUUUCUCUUGACGUUGAUACAACAUGAGCUGUAUUCUUGAUGAAAUUUGUGUGAAGGUGAAGGUGUCAGCCCAGCAACUACCCUGACCCAGGACAAACUGCAGACCUCGCCUCAAAACUUUAUUUUGUUAGAAAGGUUGGAUUGUGAAAAUCACAGGGGUGUUAGUGGAGCCAGGUGUACAGUAAAUAUAAUGGUUGUUCUAGAAUCUGUCAAGUUACUGCUAAUGCAAACCAUUUCCUCCUCCUGCAGCUCCAUAUUAAAUGCCUUGAACGGGUGAAACAAGA